AUGCACUCAGUGGUCAUUGAGGAUGUGGCUGUGGUCUUUAGCCAGGAAGAAUGGGCUUUGCUGGAUAUUGCUCAAAGGCAAAUCUACAGAGAUGUGAUGAUGGAAGCCUUCAAAAACCUGGCCUCAGUAAAAUCCUACAUUGAGAACCUCUGUGAAGAUAUUGAAGGCAACCAAUAUGGGAAUACUUUCAGCUGGAUUCCAGAUCUUACUGUGGUAAAGGAAAAUGCUCCAGAAGCAAGUCGUUUUGAAUGGUGGGAGUGUGGAAAAGGCUUCAUGGAUCACUCAUCACAUAAACCUCAUAGCACAUCUCACACUGGAUGCACUAGCUGCCAGUGUAAGGAAUGUGGAACAGUUUGCAGUUAUCCCUCUCAUCUAAACACUCCUAUGAGAGCGUUUACUAGAAAGAAACCCCAUAAGUAUAAAGCACGUGGUAAAGAUAAUGCUUGUAUCUCAACCCUGAAGAAUUCAGUGACAGCACUCACUGUUGAGAAACACUGUGAGUGUAAUGAACGUGGGAAGCAUUUCUGUAGUUUCUCAUCCUUUUGGACACAUGUGAAAGGUCAUAAGCAUGAAUUCAAAGAGCAUUGUAAAACCUCUACUCCUUCACUCCUCAUUUUACAUAAAAAGCAUAACAGACAUAUGGCUUGUGAAUGUAAAGAAUGUGGAAAAGCCUUAAGUGGUUCUUCAGCCCGCAUUAGACAUGUAAAAACUCACAGUGGAGCAAGUCCUUAUGAAUGUCAGGAAUGUGGAAAAACCUUUAGUCGUUCCUCACACCUCAUUGAACACAUAAAAACUCACAGUGGAGAGAGGCCUUAUGAAUGUAAGGAAUGUGGGAAAGCUUUUGCUAAGUCAUCUAACCUCACUACACCUAUCAGAACUCACAGUGGAAUUAGGCCUUAUGAAUGUAAGGAAUGUGGGAAAGCCUUUAGUCAGGUUCCAAACCUCACUAAACAUAGACGAACUCACAGUGGAGAGAAACCUUAUGAAUGUAAGAAGUGUGGGAAAGCCUUUAGUCAGGCCUCACACCUCACUACUCAUAUAAGAACUCAUAGUGGAGAGAAGCCUUAUGAAUGUAAAGAAUGUGAGAAACCCUUUAGUCAAGCAUCACACCUCACCACACAUAUAAGAACUCACAAUGGAGAAAAGCUCCUUGAAUGUAAAGAAUGUGGAAAAUCCUUUGCUCAGUUAUCAAGCCUCACUUUACAGACAAGAACUCACAGUGGAAUUGGGCCUUAUGAGUGUAAGGAAUGUGGGAAGGCCUUUAUUCAGGCCUCAUUCCUUACUCAACAUACAAGAAUUCAUAGUGGAGAGAAGCCUUAUGAAUGUAAGGAAUGUGAGAAAACCUUUAUUCAUUCCUCAAACCUCACUUCACAUAUAAGACUUCACAGUGGAGAGAGGCCUUAUGAAUGUAAGGAAUGUGUGAAGAAAGCCUUUAGUCAGGCUUCACAACUUACUAAACAUACAAGAAUUCACAGUGGAGAGAGACCUUAUGAAUGUCAGGAAUGUGGGAAAGCCUUUAGUCAGGCAGCAGUUCUCACUACACAUAAAAGAUCUCACAGUGGAGAGAAGCCUUAUGAAUGUAAGGAAUGUGGGAAAGCUUUUACUCAGGCUUCAGCCCUAAGGAUACACAUACUAUCUCACACUGGACAGAAGCCCUAUGAAUGUAGGAAAUGUGGGAAAGCCUUUAUUCAGGCUUCAGCCCUCACUGUACAUGUAAGAACGCACAGUGGAGCUAGACCAUAUGAAUGUAAACAAUGUGGGAAAACCUUUACGCAGUCAGCACACCUCAGUAGGCAUAGAAGAACUCACAAUGGAGUGGUCUUAUGA